AUGUCUGAUACAGAGAAAGAGAGCCCCGCGCGCGUGCCCGAGGGGCAGCCAGAUCCGGUGCUCGUUGGCCCGGGCUUAAGGGCCUUGAAGACGGAGGCUUACCAGGAUGCCACAAAUGCGACACCGAGCUUGGAUACCGAUAAGAAAAGCCAGAUGGAUAGCGAUGCACCCUCAUAUUUUGCCAACAUCCCGGGAAUCCGGACCGAGCCAUUCGACCCAUCGAACUUGGCCUCGGCACCGCACAAGUCCGGAAGGAAAACAUCUUCGGGACAGGAACUGCUACGCCGUUUGAGUCUGGCAGGGGAUGCUUCCCCGAUGUCUCCUGAGGUCGAUCCGCGUGCACAGCAUCCAGGACUCAACUUGAGCGGGCGUUUGAUAAGUGCCGCCUUUUGUAUUCCGUACAAGCUCUACUUCCAAUCAGGUUCCGACUGGACGCUCAAGCCGCGCUCCGGCACUUCAGCAUUGUUCGAUUCAUUUGCCCACCUGGCUUCUGACGAGACCCAGUGGUCACACACCUUGGUGGGUUGGACAGGAGAGGUUCAGCCCAUUAUAGACACGAAGGUUCCUUUGCAGCCGAUCCCCGUCAAUGCGGCGGGAAAAUUAUCUCCUGGUACCAACAACCCCACCCCGCCUACUCUCAAUAAGGCUGCGGCGCCAGUUCCUGUGGAUGCAACCCAGCAGCCACCAUCUCAUCCACUGGUAGAAGGACUCAGCGUCGGGAAAGAAGAUCGAGAGCGGCUUGAUCGCCAAAUGGCUUCGGGACGCUAUGGCCGGAUCUUACCGGUUUGGUUGUCGGAUGCUUCGGAAGAACCAGAGGACGCAGUUCUACUCAAAGACCAGGGCCGGUGGCGGCGGUAUGCGGAGAGAGAACUGUACCCUCUUUUGCACUACAAGCAGCACGGCCCGACCGACGGCCGCUCCGAGCGGCGGUGGUGGUCGGAUUACGUCCGGCUAAACCAGCUGUUUGCGGACCGCAUUGUAGCGGACUAUCGGGAAGGUGAUGUUGUGUGGGUUCACGACUACCACCUGUUUCUUCUUCCCAGCCUCCUGCGACAGCGCAUUCCCAACAUCUAUGUUGGCUUCUUCCUCCACGCACCCUUCCCUAGCAGCGAGUUUGUCCGGUGUCUUGCAAAGCGCAAGGAGGUAUUGACGGGGGUUCUCGGUGCCAACAUGCUUGGAUUUCAGACCUUCUCUUACUCACGGCACUUUUCUUCUUGCUGCACACGUGUUUUGGGAUUCGACUCCAACUCGGCCGGAGUGGAUGCGUACGGCGCCCACGUCGCGGUGGAUGUUUUCCCCAUUGGAAUUGAUGCUCGGUCUAUUCAGAAGGCUGCCUUCGGCGCCUCGGAUAUCGAGAAGACCGUCGCUGGUAUCCGCAAACUCUACGCUGGGCGGAAAAUCAUUGUCGGUCGUGACCGGCUGGACAGUGUUCGAGGUGUGUCGCAGAAGCUGCAGGCGUUUGAGAUCUUCCUGGAGCGAUACCCUGAAUGGCGCGACAAGGUUGUUCUCAUCCAGGUGACAAGCCCGACCAGUGUGGAGGAAGAGAAGGAAGACCCAAACAACAAGAUCGCCGGCCAGAUCUCCAAUUUGGUCUCCACAAUCAACGGCCGUUUCGGAUCUCUGAGCUUCUCUCCCGUCCAGUAUUAUCCACAGUACCUGUCACAGCGCGAGUACUUUGCUCUUCUGCGUGUGGCCGACGUCGGACUGAUCACCACCGUGCGAGACGGCAUGAACACCACGAGUUUGGAGUAUAUUGUCUGUCAACAGACAAAUCAUAGCCCGCUCAUUCUCUCGGAAUUCUCCGGCACUGCGGGCACAUUACCCAGCGCCAUCCAUAUUAACCCUUGGGACCUGGUCGGUGUCGCUGGCGCCAUCGACCAGGCUCUCAAGAUGCCUGCCGAGCAGCGAAAGGAGCAACACCUGAAGUUGUACAAGCACGUCAUUACCAACACGGUGGCGACGUGGUCGAGACUGUUCCUCCAUCGUCUGCUGACCAACCUCUCAUCCUUUGAUCAGUCCAUCGCCACUCCCGCCUUGGAUCGCGCGAAAGUCAUCAGGCAGUAUCGCAAGGCUCGGCGACGCUUGUUCAUGUUCGACUACGAUGGCACGCUGACGCCGAUUGUCAAAGACCCACAGGCGGCCAUUCCGUCCGAUCGGGUUCUCCGCACGCUCAAGAGCCUCGCAGCAGACCCGCGGAACGCUGUCUGGAUUAUCAGCGGACGUGAUCAAGCUUUCCUGGACGAGUGGAUGGGCCAUAUCCCCGAACUGGGGCUCAGUGCGGAGCACGGGUGCUUCAUCCGUCAACCCCGCUCAGACGACUGGGAGAAUCUAGCAGAGAGCACCAACAUGGGCUGGCAGAAGGAAGUGAUAGAUGUCUUCCAACACUACACGGAACGAACUCAGGGUUCCUUUAUUGAGAGAAAGCGAGUGGCAUUGACGUGGCAUUAUCGCCGCGCAGACCCUGAGUAUGGGGCAUUCCAAGCUCGCGAGUGCCGAAAGGCUCUUGAAGACACUGUUGCAAAGCGAUGGGAUGUGGAGGUAAUGGCUGGUAAAGCCAACUUGGAGGUGCGCCCAACGUUUGUCAACAAGGGCUUCAUAGCCACGCGGUUGGUAAAUGAAUACGGCACAGAGCCCGGCAAGGCGCCCGAAUUCGUCCUCUGCUUAGGGGAUGACUUCACGGACGAAGAUAUGUUCCGUGCACUCCGAAAGUCCAACCUGCCGCAGGACCAUGUGUACUCGGUAACGGUGGGUGCCAGUUCGAAGCAAACGGACGCCAGUUGGCACUUGCUCGAGCCUGCCGAUGUCAUCAGCACCGUGCAGAUGCUCUACAGUAACUCGAACCAGGACUUCUGA